AUGCGACUUCUUGGUGCACUUAUUGGCGCUAUUCUGGUGGUGACUGCUCUGUCCGAUGCUUGCCCAAAGGACUCGUUGUGCUAUGAACAAUUGAAACAUCAGCGGACCGCGGAAGUUAUGGUAAGUUGUGGGGCGGGGAAUUUUUGGGGGGUAGAUCAAAAAAUUUUGAAUUUCGAAAAUUUUUGAAAACUGCUCAAAAAUCAUUCAAAAAGUUCAUCAAAUUGAAGGCUUUUGACCCGCGAAAUUUGAAAAUUUAAAUUUUAAAUAGGGGCUCCUAAAGAGCCGACCUGAAUUCAAAAAAAUUUUUGUUGGAAAUGCUCAGCUAGCUCAUCAAAUUGUUUUUCCGGCCGGCUCUCACAAAUUCCAGGAAAAAAGUUGUUUGAAAAUUUUCGAGGGUGACUAGAUUAUAUGUUUGGUUAACAAAACACAAUUUCCGCAAACAUUUCCGUUUUUUCCUCCCGAACUCAAAAAUGUGAGUCCGGCCUGGGUUACUGUGGCCUAUUUUUAGAUCUUCGAAAGGCCGAGGGUCAUUUACGCAGACCUGUAGACCUGUAGACUGUAGACCUGUAGGCUGUAGACCUGUAGGCUGUAGACCUGUAGGCUGUAGACCUGCAGGCUGUAGGCUGUAGACCUGUAGACCUGUAGAUCUGUAGGCUCGAGCGAUGUUCAGGUCAUUAGGCCCCCUGAAGAUGACGUAGGCCUCUCCGGGGAGCUAAAAAUAUCUAUAUAGUAGGUAGUAGGUAGGAGUUUUUUUGUAUUCUUGUUAUUUAUUUAUGAUUUUGGUCGAUCAGAAACUACGAGAGGAAGACGACGUCAUUCAGAAAUGCCACGUCUCCGGGGAUUUUUCUGAUAAUUGCUAUAGAAAACGGGGAGGAAAACAGUGUACGGUAGUUAAAGGGACAUGCUGAUAUAGCUACAAGUAUCCCAAAGAACGCUACAUAACUAAACUACACUCUAGUUGACAUACCAUAUAGCACAUUUGCAGAAAACGAUUCUCACUCAACUUGGCAUGGAUGCGCCACCAAAUGUACCAAAAGAAAAAAUGCCGUCGGCUGAAAUGCGUCGCGAGAUGCGUCGAUUGGCCGAAGAGAACAUGGAUGAAUUGGAAUUGAAAUUGAUGGCUGAAGAAGAGACUGUGAUGGUUAUAGCAAGUGAUCCGUCGAAUGGAGAGGAUGAAUCUAGUUUGAUCUCCUAUUUCGAUUUUGGGACUCAUGAUUUUGAAGCGGCUCAGGUUAAGGAAGUGAGUUUAUUAUACUUAUUAUUAUGUGAAUCAUUCUGAAUUGUGAUUUUCCAGGCUAAACUCUCGUUCUACGCCUAUCUUGACAUCCCGACUUACAAUCAAGAAGUCAACAUUCAAGUCUACGAAAAAUCGACUGAUGGAAAACUCGGAGAUCUUAUCGUCACCGCCUUUCACACCAUUUCAAAUUCGCAACGUUUAACCGUUCAAAUCCCGCCAAAAGAUGUUGGAAGAUUGAUUGAAGCCGAGCCAAACACCAAGGGAAUCUUCGUCUCCGCCAAAUUCUCUGGAAAGAAUAUCGCAAUUCACCCGCAAGAGACAAUGAAUGACUAUGAGAAUAUGAUCUUGCAAAUCACAAUGGCGCCAACACAAUCCAUGUCCUCCAGCAGCAGAAAACGUCGUGACACUUCGGCUGCGGUUUGUCACGCGGAUUCGAAAGAGAAGACUUGUUGCUUGUAUGAUUUGGAGAUUGAUUUUGAGAAGAUCGGAUGGGAUUGGAUUGUUGCACCGGAUCGUUAUAAUGCUUAUGUCUGUCGUGGAACUUGUGAUUAUGGAGAGAACAAACCGGCAUUCUUGGAUUAUGGACAUCAUAAAGUUGUUGCUGCUUUGCAGAAGGGAGGAGAGAAGAAUGAUAUUUUGAGCAGAUCUUCGGUUUGCUGCCAUCCAACUCAGUGAGUUCUGAAAAUUUGUCUGAAAGUCAAUCGGAUUUUUCAAAAUGUAAAUUUAGGAAAACACAAAAAUCCCAAAAAACAAAAAUAAAUAAAACUUCUCCUCGAGAACUACACAACGUUCCUAUGCGCCUUUAAACCCUCAUUUCUUGCAGAUACGACUACAUUCGUUUGCUCUACGUCAACCGCGAUGGCCGCGUCUCGAUUGCCAAUGUUAAUGGCAUGGUCGCCCGCAAAUGCGCAUGCAGUUAG